AUGUUCUCGUCCGCGUCCAGAAACUCUCUGCUUUCGCCCUGGUCGUCGAUGGAGCAGUCAGACGCCGAAGCGUUGGACAUCAGCACCAAGGUGCAGCUGCACGGGGUGCUGUGGAAGAGGCCCUUCGCACGGCCGUCGGCCAAGUGGUCCCGCAGAUUCUUCAUCAUCAAAGACAGCUUCUUGCUCUACUAUGGAGAGAGCGAGAAGAGAAACUUUGAGACCAACAGGUACUUCAACAUCCACCCCAAGGGAGUCAUUCCUUUGGGAGGAUGUGUGGUGUCAGCUAACGAAAACAUGGGCAUGCCCUUUGCCAUCGUGGUCAACCUGGAAGACUUCACUGGCACCAUAGUCCUGGCUGCUGAGUCUGGGGAGGAGCAGGUCCAGUGGAUGGAGAUGCUGCAGGACUCAGGGAAAGUCACGUGGAAGAACGCCCAGCUGGGCGAGGCCAUGAUCGAGAGUCUGGAGGCUCAGGGGCUGCAGCUGGCCAAGGAGAAGCAGGAGUAUCUGGAUAAACUGAUGGAAGAGACUGAGGAGCUGAGUCAUCAAAGAGCACAGAGAGAGGAGCUGGAGCGACUGAACCAGGUUCUGGAGGAGGAGAAGAUGAAGUUUGAGGAGGUGGUGGUGGAGCUGAAGGCGGAGCAGGAGCAUAUUAAACUAGACCUGGACGGCACAUCUCAGUCCCUGAAAGGUGUUGAGAGUGAAAAAGAAGAGCUGAGCAGUUUAACCGUAAUUCUGCAGAGAUCUAUUGAGGAGCUCUCUCUGGAGAAACAGAGAACUCUGGAGCUGCUGGGGUUGAAGGAGGAGAAGGAGGAAAAGGAGGCCGAGGCGGCAGAGGAGAGCCCGGCCUGCAGGAAGCCUGAGGACGGCGGGGAUCCCGGAGACGUGAACCUGCUGCAAGACUUGCAACACAUCGAAGAGCAGAUGAAGAUCCUGCUGAAGGAGAAGGAGCAUGCUGAUGAGAAGCUCAGGGAGAACGAGCAGCGGGCUAAAAUCCUGCAGCAGGAGAGGGAGUACUACUCGUCUCAGGCUCGGACGUUGCAGCAGUCGCUCUCUCAGCUCACCGUGGACAAGCAGCAGACCGAGGCCGAGCUCAAGGCAGAGAUAGAGUCUCGGGUGGAGCUGGAGAAGAGACUGAAGCAGGCCGAAGAGGCACUGCAGGACCUGGAGGAAGGCCUGGACUCACUGGAGCGGACCAAGGAGACAGACCAGAAGAUGAAGGGGGAUGUGACUGAGCUGAGGAGAUUCUUUGAGGAGUGUAUCUGUGCAGCGGAAAUCGAGGCAAAACUGCCAGCGAUAAUGAAGAAUGCUGUGUAUCUGCACAAAGCUGCCGCACGCAGAAUAAAGAGCUGCCGCAUCCAGAGGAGAGCCUCCAGGAGCCACUGGUGUGACCUAAAACACUCCAAGUCUUUUGCUGUAGCGAAUACUGACGGCGGCAGCAUGGAGGAGCUGCGGGAGACGGCCCGGCGACUGACUUCUGACAGCAGCUUCCGAGAGAGUGUGUACAAAAUCAUUACUCGCAAGGAUGCCAUGAACAAAACCGAGGAUUGAGAA